AGCACAGUCCUCUCAUUGUGCUUUCUCUUUAAGAUGAAAGGUUGUUAUGCAGUUUGGUGAAUAAGGAAGAGGAAGACCGGGUUGACCUGAGGACAGGCAGCAGUGACAGGUUGGACAGGACUCGGACAGGAGCGGCGCUUGUCUUCUGCAGAGCAUGCAGCGAUGGAGCUGUCUGUUGGUUUAAUGAUCAUGCUAGCAGGAGGUGUCCUGGUCCUCCCUGUCCUCGCCUUCAUCACCUCCUUCCUGUUCUGGCCUGGAGCACUUCUUAAGGCCUACAACUGGUACUUGCGUCGCAGGCAGGGGCUGGUGGUCCGCUACUCUUACAAUGGAAGUUACCGCUUCUGUUAUCACACUCGUGGAAAACCAGGGGGCGCCACACCAUCCCUGCUGCUGCUGCACGGCUUCUCUGCCUCCAAAGACAUGUGGCUGCCUCUUGUCAAGUAUCUCCCCAGAAACCAGCAUGUGGUGUGUGUGGACAUGCCGGGGCACGAGGGGACAAGUCGCACCAGUGCCAAGGACUACGGCAUCCAGGGCCAGGUCAGCCGAAUCCACCAGUUUGUGGAGAGUAUCGGUCUGGAUAAAAGACCCUUCCACCUGGUUGGGACAUCGAUGGGUGGGAGCGUCGCGGGGGUGUAUGCUGCCCAUUACCCCGCUCACCUGUCCAGCCUCACCUUAAUCGCCACGGCAGGUCUGGUUUAUCCCACAGACUCUAAGUUCAUCAGGCGUCUGAAGGAGAUUGAUGAGGGUCACGGGGGAAACUCAGUUCCUCUGAUCCCCACUACUGUUCAGGAGAUGGAGGAUAUGGCAAAACUCUGCUAUUACAACCUCCCCAAAAUUUCCCGACAGCUGCUACGGGGUUUGCUGAACAACAGGAUUCCCAACAAUGAUUUCUACAGAGAAGUGUUCAUGGAGAUUGUCGGAGAUAAAAAUCGAUACUUACUGCAGGAAAACCUGCAUCUCAUCAAAGCGCCUCUGCAGGUCAUCUGGGGGAAGGAAGACCAGGUAUUGGAUGUGUCGGGGGCUGCAGUGUUGCAAGCGGCGCUGCCGAGCUGCCAGGAGGAGCGGCUGGACAACUGUGGUCACUCUGUGGCGAUGGAGCGUCCCAGGAAGGCCGCUAAACUCAUCGUAGACUUCCUGACUGCGCAGGCAAAGAAAAAUUCCUGAAUAAUAGAUUUGUACUGUUUGUGACCUCAUGAUGGAUGAGAUGAUACAGAUGCUGAUAGACUUUUAUAAUUUACUGUAAGUGUUUUCUACAACAGUAUUUACAUCUUGCAAAAUAAAAAUACAAUUGCAUUCAAAUAUUCCUGAAAGUUUUAUCAGACUGAACCAUAGACUGUAUGUAAAGAUGGAUGAUGAGACAGCUUCCAGAAGUGAAGCCACUGCAAGUCGAUUGCCCCCUGGUGGCUGGUUGCAGUAUAGGUGAUAAGCAUCACCCCUCCAUGUUAGUGGAUGGGACAUGAGCCAAAAAAAAAAAGUACAAAUCAUAUACAUUUUUCCCAAACGCGAUUUCUUUCACUUUCGGUAGGUAGUAGAUUUUGGUAGAUAAUAGAUAUUACCAUACUAAUUUGUGUACAAGUGGUAAUUUUUCUGCUAAGUUUGUUUUUAAGUUAUUUGAUGAUAUCAAAUUGGAUGCAUUUCAAAUGAUCAGACAUCUUUGAUUGGUGGUCUGACACCGCGAUGCCACCUCUGGUCACUACUGUGCAGAAUCAGGUUUGCAAAAUGUGUCAUGAAAACAAGAUAGUGAUAUUUUAGUGGCAGUUUUGUGUAGUUGCAGGAAGUGGUGAUGUACUGUUUAUUUUUAUACACAGUCUAUGGUUUGGAUCUAACACAGCAUCAUGCAUGAGAUUAUAAUUUCUGUUUUAGAUGUUAACUUCAUGAAAACACAUUCAGAUUGAGAUUCAGAGGAAAAAAUGUGUUGUAGGUGAAUUAGUUGUCUAUUUCAGGCGUGAUUUAUUUUUUAAAGUUGUUUUUUAAAUGAAAAAAAUUGAUAAAUAUGGUGAUUCAAUAAUUUAGCACUUGUACAAAUUUUUCGGGGCUACAGAAAUAAAUCUUUUAAAGAAAAAAAAACUUGGACUGUUGUUGGACUGAUUGGCUAAUUGUUAGUUUGGAAAAUUGGGCAAAGAGUAGAUAAUCUGUUAAGAUUUGUUAAACACUCCACACCAGGAAGUGAUCUGCUAUAUCUUCUGGUGUGUAAUAGUUAGUGAUGUGACUCAUUCGGGCCACACCUUAUUAAGUUUAAAAAUCCCUUCUAAGAUUGGAGUUAAAUAGUCUGACAAAAUAUGGCAAAUUAGACUUUUGACAUGUCUAAUUUAACUGAGUAUUGCAAAGAAUAUUUUGCAGUUUUUAUUCCACUAUAUUUAUGUC